CCAAACUAGCCCACGCGGGGCGCUAGUGCGCGAUCCUUCGGACUGGAGCCCGGACGCUCCUCCGCUUUUCCACCCAGAGCUUCAUAUAUUCAGCCAUUGGCUACCCAUCCUCUUGUACCUUCUACCUCCCUUCCCUCCCACUUGCCGGACCCCCUCCCGCCCACCUGCGAGGUGAGUCGCCCAUCAACGCGGCACGGCAUACAUUGGAGCCAUCGGUCGGUUGUCCUCUCUUCUCCAUCCAUACCACCGCCGAGAUGUCAGCCAAACCUACCCUACGGGUGUCGACGCCGCUCACGGCCAACUUCCCUCACAUCCCGCCGACACCCUCAGAGCUGCGUUCCGCCGCGUCGCUUCCCUCGGCCGUCUCCACCACCACACCCCUCUCUGCUGUCUCGCGCAGCUCGGCCUUCCGGGAUCCGAUCCGAUCCUCCGGACUGCCCUCCGCCGGCCUACCUUCGGCGGGACCUUUCAGCGCCACCAUCAAGCUCGAACAUGACCUCCAGAAGACGCCCAUCACGCCUCCUGUCGCGUACCUGGAUUUCCUGAAGGGCAUGUCGCUGGCGUCGCCGAGCAUCGCCUCGCCACCACAGACCGGCAGGUCGAUGCUGAACCGGACAAGCACUGCCAGCAGCACACGCAGCAAUGACAGCAGCACUACCAACGCCUCGACGGAGCCGGAUGAUUCCGAGAAGGAGAAGGGCGAGCAGAUCGAGAGCGCGCCAACGACAGCGCGAUCCGAGCUCAGCUGCGAGGGUGAGGAGGACAAGGACAAGGACAAGGACAAGGAAAAGGAAAAGGAAAAGGACCAGGACAAGGCGAGGAAUCCGAAGCCUGCGUCAACCGAGACAAAGCGGCCAAUUUCACCUCGCAGCUCCAACUGCCCUAUGUCUGCGCCGCCUGUGGGGCCAACAGUAUUCCCAAGCAUGAAGCUCCCCGCGUCCCCGGCGAUUUCCGCCUCUGGCCUGUACUCGCCAAGGUCACCCCUCAGCGCCGCGUCGGUGAAAUCUCCCUUCGACUGGGAAGCAGCGCUGCGGGCCAGGAGGUUCGCCGAGACGCCGGGGUCGAAGCGCCCUGCCGCGCCAGACACCCCCGGGAUCCCGGCUGCCGCCGCCGCCACGCCAGGCACAGCAGGGCAGACGAAGAGGGACUCGAGGUCGAGCAUCCGGCAUAUUCGCGAGGUCGUCACGAGGACUGUCACUUACACCCCGCGAAUGGGGCCCGCGCCCAAGGGGAAGAGGAGAAAGAUCGACCCGGAGGAAACGGGGGUCAAAUCAUGAAGAGGACUGGACGAGGACAGAUCAAGGAAACCCGCGUACAUAAUGUUUUGCAGCGGUACUGGUUUACCGCUGUUCACCUCUCCUACUCCUUAGCGGCGGAGCGUAUCAGUUACGGCGCAUUGCCUUUGUCUCACCACACCGACGACGACAACAAUAACAACAACACAACAAAACCGC